UUGACUCCGGUCGCCCCACCCAGCUGAAGACGCUCUCGCUGAGUUCAGGAAAACACCCGCUCCUGGACGGGGGAAUCACAAACAGGGGAUCAGAUUUUGGGCAGCAGGGCUGUGAGGACGGUCUGAAUCGAGGGGAUAUUUUCGUAUAAAGGCGGAGGCUGGUGAUUCAUUUUCUGUACGAGCUGCAGCUGUCUGGAUGCUGGACCGCCGCUGCCGACUGAUGUCUGGAUGCUGAGAUGCUGAUGACAGACCGAGCCGCCGGAACAUCCUCCCGUUUUGUGAAUGGAGCUCCGAGCCAGAGCGGCUGAAACACGAUAAAUCAGAAUAAAAGAGCAACAGGCCAAAUUCGUUUAGCCUGAAAGCUGAGAUCCGGACCAACGGUGACAGCAGCAGCAGCAGCAGCAGCAGCAGCGGCGACAUGUUCUGAACGGAGAACCGACGAGCGGCUGCGGCUGGCGGCAUGAAGGCUCCGAGGAGACCGAGGCAGACGCGGCUCCUCCCCCGGUUCUGCGUCUGUGGAGUCGGUCUGCUCGCAGCCGCCUGGAUCUUUCAGUUCCAUGACAAUACAGGCUUCCAUGGUCCAGCUGUGGAUUCCAGCGUCUCCUUGUCCAAGAGAAAGCUCAUGCAACAAACAGAAAACAAGCAGAAUGACAGUAUAUCUAAAUCAGCUAUCAGUGAGUUUCCUGAAGACAUCUUUACUCUGGAUCAGAGGAGACAGGGAGCAGUACUCCUUCAUGUUCUCUGUGCUAUCUACAUGUUUCAUGCACUGGCCAUCGUGUGUGAUGUUUACUUUGUGCCAUCACUGGAAAAAAUAUCAGAGAACCUUCAGCUCAGUCAGGAUGUUGCCGGGGCAACCUUCAUGGCAGCUGGGAGCUCUGCCCCCGAGCUCUUUACCUCUUUGAUUGGAGUGUUUAUCACAAAGGGAGAUGUUGGUGUGGGAACUAUAGUGGGAUCAGCUGUCUUUAACAUCCUGGUCAUCAUCGGUAUCUGUGGGAUUUUCUCUGGACAGCCCAUCUCUCUGAGCUGGUGGCCACUGUUCCGUGAUGCUGUCUUCUACAUCCUGUCCAUAGUGGUGCUUAUUCUGGUGAUCUAUGAUGAAAAAGUCAUGUGGUGGGAGACCAUCAUCCUGAUCUCUAUGUAUGGAAUCUAUAUAAUCAUCAUGAAGUUCAACAGAUCUCUGUGUUCCCUGGUAGAGAAACACUGCAGCAGGGCAGGUCAGCCUUGUCUGAGCAGUCUGCGACGGACAACUGCAGUCGGAAACAUUGGAGACUGUGACAAUGACAUGGUGCCGCUGAAGCCAGACUCGUGCGCGGUGGCCGGUCAGGACUCAGGGGUGGUGAUGGUAGAUGAGCUACUGAACGUACACCCCCACCAACUCACCUUCUCAGAGGCAAGCCUCCGCCGUCUCAUCACCACGCAUUUUCCCCCCUUCACCCGCCUGCACAUGGCAGGACGCAUGGUCAUCAACGAGAGGCAGAGGCUGAUUCGUGCUCGGGUCGGCCCGGAGGACGGGGGAGCCUCGGGGGAGGAAGGUUUGGGUGCUAGCGGGCCUUGGGGGAGGGAGAACGGGACGGUGGCCGAGGGGGACAGACAGAUGCUGGAAGGAGAGAGGGAGAGGGGUAAAGAGAUAGGAGGAGAGACGGGUGGGGGAGCACAGCCUAAAGAAGAAGAGGAGGAAGAGGAAGAGCAGGAGGAAGGAGAGGAGGAGAACACUCUCUUUAAACCUUUUGUCCUGCCAGACGGCUGGUGUAUGCGUCUGAAGUGGCUGCUCUCCUGGCCUGUGAGCGUCCUUCUUUACUGCACCAUCCCCGACUGUAGCCUUCCACGAUGGGAGCGCUGGUACCUGCUCACCUUUCUGUCCUCCACACUCUGGAUCGCUCUCUUCUCCUACCUCAUGGUCUGGAUGGUGACCAUAAUCAGCUACACCCUUGGAAUCCCAGAAGUCAUCAUGGGCAUCACUUUUCUGGCAGCUGGCACCAGUGUCCCUGAUUGUAUGGCUAGUCUCAUCGUCGCCCGACAAGGGAUGGGCGACAUGGCCGUGUCCAACUCCAUUGGCAGUAACAUUUUUGAUGUGCUGCUGGGCCUGGGCUUCCCCUGGGCACUGAGGACUCUCAUAGUCAGCUAUGGAUCAGUGGUGACAAUUAACAGCAAAGGCCUGGUGUACUCAGUGAUUCUGCUGUUGGCCUCAGUCACGCUCACUGUCCUGUGUGUCCACCUGAACCGCUGGAGGUUGGACCGCAGGCUGGGACUCUGUCUCCUGCUGCUCUACGCCGUCUUCCUUCUCUGCUCUGUCAGCUUCGAGAGGCUGUAGAGGACACACACACACACACACACACACACACACACACACACACACACACACACACACACACACACACACUCCUCACGCACAGACAAGUGGGCCGACUUGUUCUCAACCUUCCCAGCUGCCAUUAUUAAUCAAAUGUACGGAGAGAUGAAUUUUAAUUUCAUUUCACAGUAGCUGUACAUGUUUGAGCAGCGUUCCCUUGAUACCGGCUGCCUGAAAGCGACAUUGUUUACCUUUGAUAAAUGAGUAUUUUACACAGUUUUGUACCGAAGCACCUCCAGCCCAGCUUUUGUGAAAUGAAACCCAACCGAUAAUGCACUAUGUCUCACAGCAAAUUUGUAAAGUAUUGAAUUUGUAUUCUGAAACCAAGAAUAUUGCGUAACGGACCCCAGAGUGUGUUAGUUUACUUAUUAUUACUUUAUAACUGCCACAAGUAACCUCAACGACCAGAUGAUUACACAUGUGAGUUUAUAUAGUUGCUUCUCAGUUUGUGCAUUUAUGUAAAGUUUGACGUCAUCACACCUUUGUGUCUGCAGCUGUAAAUGGUGUAGCAUGGCUGAUUAUCACGCUCCAGAUACUUGCACUAAGCCACUGUUGUCUUGGCCUUGUACAUACCGUAGGCCCCCCUCUUUCCUAAAAGCUUCUCAGCAAAGUUGUUUAAAGGUGACUAUAUGCUACAAAGUGUAUUUGUGUUUCUGUUUUGGAGAGAGAGUCCUUGAGUAAAGUCCUUGAGUUUUGAGUGCAAUAAAACGCUUUGUUCUGUGA